CAAACCUGCCGUAAACUGUGUAUCGUAAUGUAAUGCACGUUUUGUUGAAGUAAAGCGCGCCAUUUGGAUAAUAUAUUGGUGAAAAUUGGAUAACAAAUUGAAUCGAUUCAAAUGGCAUCGAUUGGCAAGAUACCGUUGCAGUCAAGAAAUUUGCCGUGGGUUGAGAAAUACAGGCCACAGACCCUAGAUGACUUGAUUUCUCACAAGGACAUAUUAAGCACCAUCCAGAAAUUUAUCAGUGAGGACAGGCUGCCACAUCUCUUGUUCUAUGGACCCCCAGGCACAGGGAAAACAUCUACUGUUCUCGCCUCUGCCAAGCAGCUCUACAAGGAGAAGGAGUUCAACGCUAUGGUCCUGGAGCUUAAUGCGUCAGACGACAGAGGUAUCGAUGUUGUACGAGGACCCAUCCUGAGUUUUGCCAGCACCAGGACCAUAUUCAAGAAGGGUUUCAAGUUGGUGAUACUGGAUGAGGCUGAUGCCAUGACCCGGGAUGCCCAGAAUGCAUUGCGGCGAGUCAUUGAGAAGUACACAGAAAACACCAGGUUCUGUUUGAUUUGUAACUACCUGUCUAAGAUCAUCCCAGCCCUGCAGUCUCGCUGCACCAGGUUCCGCUUCGGACCCCUGUCUCAGGACCAGAUGAUACCCAGGCUGGAGUUUGUUAUCCAGCAGGAGAGCAUUGAUGUAACUCCAGAUGGAAUGAAAGCUAUUGUGACUCUGUCAUCAGGAGACAUGAGAAGAUCCCUCAACAUACUGCAGAGCACCAGCAUGGCGUAUGGGAAGGUCACCGAGGAUAAUGUGUACACCUGCACUGGUCACCCACUACGAUCCGAUAUCGCCAACAUCCUGGACUGGUCGCUAAACAAGGACUUCACUUCCGCUUACAACCAGAUUCUCCAGCUGAAGACGCUGAAAGGCCUAGCCCUGCAUGACAUCCUGACUGAGGUCCACCUACUGAUCCACAGAGUGGACUUCCCUCCUGCCAUUCGGAUGGGCUUGCUUAUCAAGUUGGCAGACAUUGAGUACCGGCUGGCCUCUGGAACUAGUGAGAAGAUCCAAUUGAGUUCGAUGGUGGCGGCUUUCCAGACAGUGAGAGACAUCGUGGUCAAUGAGGCCGCCUAGACCAGUAGUCCUCAGUCACAAAUGUCUAGUACACAUAGGUCACCUACUAUGGUCCUGGAGAGCUACAGGGUGUGCAGGCUUCUAUUCCAGCCCAGCACUAACACACCUGAUGCAAUUUCUACAUUGCUGGUCAAGACCGUUCGUUGAGUUAGUGCUAACUGACUUAAAGGCUUUGAUACCCUUUUGUUCACAAAAGAAAAUACAUUUCACUCGAGACUAACUUCAUAAAAACAUACUUGUGCUUGUCUGCUCAAUAUUCCUGUCUGUAUUUACAUUUUGAUAUUGAUUGUCAUAUAAAAUGGUUUCUUAUGUAA